AUGGCGGUCCAGUGUUUCCGGCGGCUCUUCUCCCAUCCUCCCCCUCUUCUGCCUUUCUCUUCGGGCCCCACCUUCGCCGUGAGAUCCUUUGCUUCCCGACGCGCUGCUGCUAUCAAUAAUAGCAACAGUAACAGUAAUGGGGAUAAGGAGGCCGACGGGGAGUUCGCGGCGGCGAGAGAAUGGCUGGGGACCUUCCAUAACAACGCCAUCCCGCGUCAUAUCGGUGAAAUCUCCUUCAGCCGGUCAGGUGGUCCGGGGGGCCAGAAUGUAAACAAGGUGAACUCCAAGGCGACCCUCAAGGUACCGCUGCAAUCGCUGUUGCCGCUAGUGCCGGCCAUUUUACAUCCGCCACUGCGCUCCUCCCGCUACCUUGCAGAACGUAGCCAGAGCCUGGUCAUCCAGUCCGAGGAGUCGCGGAAACAAGCCGCCAACGUGGAGUCCUGUUAUGACAAGCUCCACCAGCUGCUCAAAAGUACCGCACAGGAGGUGAUCCCGGGGGAAACCUCGCCGGAGCAACGAGAUCGCGUGCAUAAAUUGUAG